GUGAGUGACUUCAGAUUGUCUGGAGCGACGCGCGGGCCCUGCCUGUUGCGCACUUGUCGUCACACACCGACAGCAACGCACAGCAGCUGCGUGGAUGCGCGGAGCCGCUAAUGGACUUUCCCAACUCUCUUUUCCAGGCAGUGGUUUAAUGACUAGGAAUCCUCUCGGGCCGGCGGCUGCUCUCAUCCAACCGGGACUCAUUACAACGUGGCACCGUUACGCAUCCAGUGGCCGCGGCAAAACACGCGCGCACACACUCGAGACGUUCUACAUCAGGAAGCACAGGAGCCGUAGAAGGAUCUGUCUCUGCCAGAGAUGCACACCAGUGCAAUGAAGACCUGAGAAUCCAUAUGUGCCCCGCUGAACACACACACUGACGAGUUACAGACACCGGUGUUGUAGCAGUGUGUGUGUCUGUGUGUGUGUGCGUGUGCCUAUGUGUGCAUGUAUAUGUGUGUGUGUGUGCGUGUAUGUGUGUGGCCGACCCUGUGUCUGUAUUUGUGCCGAAAAAUUCAGCUGAGGACGUAAACCAAAGAGUAUGAUCCAACUGUCCACCUCAGUCUACCUGCUAGGAGGCCUUUUAGGCCUGUGUCUGCUUGAACCUGUUCUGACGGCCCUUACGCCAGCCAGCAUGUGCACGCCCUUAAAGACACUCAACGACAGCCUCAGCCACAGACGACGGUACAUGAAGCACAACUUCCCCAUCAACUACAGCAUCAGGGUUCAUCAGAAGGAAAUCUUCAAACUGUCAAACAUCCGCAGAAUGAAGUUGCAGGUGGAGGGAUUGGAUGAGCUGGUUCUCCAGAGGCUGUGGUUCCAGGUCAAUCAAGGAGUGUUAAAAAAGAUCAUCCGGAUGAUGGCGGAGAGACAUCCUUCGCGGCCAUACACCGCUGAGCUGGAGCGACGGUUCAGGGACGCUGAGGGAGUCUUUGUGGACUCGCAUCCCGCUGAGGUGUUCCAGAAAGAGCUUCCAGAGACAAUCCAGGACAUUUGGGAUUGUUUAACAGAGGAGCCUGAACGAGUGCCGGAGACCAGCUGGAAGUUCGCUACUCCAAAAUCCCUCUUAGACAACUUCUGCCAAACCAUGUACUGCCUCUUCAGCGACUGCUUUGCCAGCGACGGAGUGCAGCAGGACUACUGUGGCGUUUUCCAUCGGAAGAAAGGCCGAAAGAAAGACGAAAGCUGAGAAGAGCCAAGUGGGGCGCAGGCCCUGUGGAUACUGACUCAGGAUUUGUAUCAUUAGCUGUCGGGGUAGAGGGGUGAACGGACGACCCACAGCGAAACAAGACAUCUCAAUAUCUACCAAAGAGGGCCGAUCCGAUGGAGACGCUCCAUAAAUCAAAGCAGACUGAAACAAUAGGCACAUUAACAGCAUUCAUAUUAUUUUAUGAGCAUUUGGACUCUUUACUUUACAUAAAGCUCAUUUUGGAGUAAAAUCUCCAACUCCUUCCAACUCUUUACCCACUGAGGAGGCCCAAAGUGUUUUUAUCGCUUCAUAGCAUCUCACACUGAUGUUAUAGUAUUUCAGAAUCCAGCUUUGGAAGAUAACUAUUCAUGUUCACAUACGGAAUAAACUGAUGUCGAUCAAUAUAUUCGAUAUAUAUUCUCUCCUAAAGUGGAUUAUUCAAGAAGGGGAGUGCAGCACAAGCUCCUGAAAUCAGUGAGGGGUUAACUUCUGGACGGAGGACAUCAAUGUGGCUUUUCAAAAUCUCCAACCCUAAAAAAAUGCCUGUGAUGUGCUCCCAUGGGCCUGGAUGGUCCAACUCAGAGACCCGACCAGAGGCAACAAGAGAGACUACACAUUGGAUUGUAAUUGGAUAGACCGACUUCUCUUCUCUGUUUGCCACAUCACAUCAUGUGUAUGUGAACUGAACUUCAAACCUUUAGGCAAACUGAUAACUACUGUUUUCUCUUCCUUCUUAAAUUGUUGACAAUGCAUUUCUUAACCUACAGCCUACAUUUAAAGUGAUAUACUACCAGUGUGUCAUAGACCCAAACUGCAUAAACAUCAACUUUCAAAAAUGUAUUUAUUUCUAUUUGUUUAUCGUGUGUGAGUGAGAGCUGAACCCAGAAAAACUACAACAUAGGAUCACCUUCCUCCAUACGAGCCGUGCAUCUUCAUAUCUACUGUAGAAUAUAAAUCCUGCUUCUAGAUUAGAUUUUUCCUCAGAUGCAAACAGAGUCUAGAGAGUUUGCGGUGAUAAAAGCCGACGCCGGUGUCUACGCAUGUUAAGAAAAAUCCUGUGAUCUCCAGCAGAGUUAAUAGGCCUAAAUAAUUCUGAGGAUUAGUUGCUGUUGUGAAUGCAGGGAACCUCCUGUGUUGUGCAGGUGUGAAAGGAAAAAAGCCGCAGGUCAUGUCUGAAAAUGGGUUUUGUUUCACUCAGGGUGUUGAACCAAACCAGUCAAGAUACCCAAUGACCUUAUGUACUCACUAAGUAACAAGCAGCAGAAAAUGAUCAACAGCUGGGCUCAGAAAGUCAAGCACCUGUUUAGUCGAGGUUGAGUUGCGUAACAACUGUGAUUUCAUUAUUUUCUCACUUACAACACAUCAGCUCCCUGAAAGAGGAAGUUAGGAAAUCCACUCAGCUUUUCUCAGCCAUUGUUAUCAAGUGCUGAGGACGUUCACUGCUGAGUGGAUCAACAGAUCACCUGAAGGCCCUCUGCAACUGUCGGGGUUGGAAUGCAGCCUUGAUCUUGUCUCGCUACUCGACUGAAAUGUGAUUUUUUGUUUUGAAUUCCUCUCGUGGAUUUUACAUUCCUCGCGCGAUUAUCGAUGAUGAUGAAGGUGGAGGAAUAAGCCGAUUAUGGUGGACGGUUCCCGGUCGGAGCAUACAGAGCAAAUAUGUCUGGGUGGUGCACAGGAAGGAUUUAGUAAUUACACAUAGAGGAUACUGUCUGCCUAUUGAGAAGUGUGUAGGAAUACAAUUUUGUCCCAUACAAAUUGAACAUUGCAAUGUUUCACUAUUCUUCAGGUAUAAAUUUGAGUUGCACCCAAGACUGCAGUAAGAAUUCACUUGUUUUUGUGAAAGUUAGAGUUUCAGUUGAUGCGCUCACUCAUGUCACAUAUGAUCUACGUACAAGAUAUGCAAGUCCAAUCGUGUCAGUCUUUAGACAGGAGAAUGAUGAUGUUAAAUUAUUACUAUCUAUAUAUAUAUACAGCAUUGGGUUGAGCAGCUUCCAUGCGUUUCAGGAGGCAAAACCAAAGAAGCCCUGUUAUAAUGUAACAGAUGAAAGAUAAAUAUUGGUGUAUUUCUAUAAAUGCAGUAAAUGUAUUUUAUUAUACUUUAUCGAUCUUAUGUAACCGUGUGGUUGUUUUUUCGUAACCAUAAGAGCAUUUAAGGUGUAUUCAAAGAUCCUUCAUUGUAAAGAUGUAGUGAUAUUUACUACCUGACUGACUGGCAACAACAGAAAGAUGAUAAACUACAAACACGGAUGGUUGUUGUCUGUGGUCUGAAGAUAUGUGUAAGAAACAUUUUUUUUUAUACACAAGAUAUUGAAUUAUUUAUUUUUUGGAAAUGUAUAGUGCUAGUGACAAUACUUUUAUGAAAGAAAAAUAAAAACCAAAUUUUGUAUCAACUAA